GCUCCUCCCUCUCCGCCGUUCGCUUCCCUCCGCGGAGCAGCCGGUGGUGGCAGCCGUUGGCGCGCCCCGUUUCUCCCCCUCCCCGCCAAGCCUGAGCCUCCGUGGCCGCCGACAACUGUCCCGAAGCCGCCAUGAACACCCCGCUCACCGGCCUGGGCUGGACCUCCGCCGCCAGCGUGGCGCCCGCUGGCUGGACUGCGAUCACAACCACUGUGGAAGGAGCAUCUGCAAACUUUGGAAAGGGAUUUGCACAGAAGUCUGGUUACUACCUGUGCUUUACUUCAACUAUAAGCAGUGAGAACCCCGCAGGUGAUAUAAUAGCUGAUGUGGUAAUCCUGAGUGACAAAUCUCCGCUGCCUUCUGGAUAUGUUCAUGUUAAAGAGUUUUUAGAUCCAAAAACGUCUGUCUCUAAGAAGAAACGGCUAUGUUUAAAGCUGAUUCCAUUGGGAGCCACAGAACUAGCUGUGUUUGAGAUCCUGGUGAGCAGCAAGAGCAAAGUACUCCCAAACUACCUGCGAAUAGGGGAAAUGAGUGGCUUUGCACUGUGGUGUAAAAAGGAUCAUGUUCUCAAACCCAAACCCCUUCCCAAGCCUCGGAAGAUCAAUCUGGAAAUGAAGCAACUUUCGCUAGAGCCUGACAAUACAGAUGCCCCACCAGAAAAGCCUGCAGCUCCAUUUGGCCCCAAAAGACAAGCUACCCUUAAACCUCAUGAGUCCAUAUACGAGAGUUCAAAUGUCUAUGCCAUUUCAGCCAUGGAUGGGGUACCCUUUGCUCUGCACCCUAAAUUUGAGAACAGCAUCAGUAGUAGAAGCAGUGCCUCUUCAUUCUUUAAAGAUGUACAUAUUAAAUCUCUCACUGACAUUGAGAAAGAGUAUAACUACGGCUUUGUAGUUGAAAGAACGGCCGCUGCCAGACUCCCACCUACCAUCUCGUAGCAGUUUCUUCCAGAAAACGUAGUGAAUGUCAAGGCGCUUGGGACACAGGACAAUCAACUAAUGCUGCAGAGGUGAUGGAAGUGUUCUUCUAAAAGGAGCCCCACUUUAGAUGCUGAAGCUUGUAAAUAUGACUUUGCCUGUGAGAUAGUAACAGGGUAACACGCACUACAUUUUGCUACAAGUACAAACCAGAUAUUUUUGUAUACUUUUUCCCAGCACGGGCAUGUAAUUUUCUAUGCAAAGCACUUUUUGAAAAACCUUAUUUCGUGGGCAAAACUCUCCCUGUACAUACUUGUGCUCAGUAUGUGCAGCUGAAGUACAAAGAAGGGAAAGCACGUUUAGUAAAAAUUAACAGCCCAGUUGAUCUGAGCUCCAGGAAAACGUUCUGUAAAUCCAUUCACUCUAAAAUCAACCAUAUCAUUCAAGCCUAUCGACGUAAGGAAACACAGGACAUAGAGGCGCCGGGCUGCAAAAGUUUCAGCCAUAUUUCAAAAUGCACUGAUUGCAGUUUAAUUACCAAAUCCAUGACCACUUUUCCAGGAGCAGAAGGGCAAUACAAAAAUCAACAGAUAUUGUCAUGGCUGAGUAAAAUUGAAAGUUAGUAUAGCCUCCCCCACCCGCUCGCCCCAAGUCUUAUUGUGGUUUCCAAAGCUGCACACUUGAAAUUGCAUCCCAGCAUCAAACGGGGGUGAAAAGGCCUGUCCACUGUCACAAGAAUAAAUACUCCUCUUGCGAUGCUGUGUGCCAGUUGUUCCCUUGUGUUGUCCUUCACAUCUGCCAGGGGAAAAUGAAUGGGAUCUGUCUCAGGAAGGCACUUUGAGCUUUGUACUGCCCAGAAAGAACUGCAGGAUUCUGUCCACCAUCCAGGCAAGGAAGAAGUUGGCCAUCAGGACUUGAGUGAUCACUAGCUUAAACU